AUGGCAUCGAGAGGUAAAAAGACGAAAGAUUCUGCAUCAGCACCGCCAUUACCCAUCGCUACGGAUCCCGAGAUGGCCGAGCGAUUUGAACGUGAACUAGCUUGGUGUGUUGGACAAUUGGAAUGUAUGUUGCGAUCAACAUCGACCAAAGACAAAGAUCCUCUUCGAUCUGCCUCGCAAGUUCUAUCAAAUCCAAAAACAUCUUUCGUUCGUAAACGACAGAUGAUGCAACAACUAUUCGGUGAUUAUCGUCAAAAAAUGCACGACGAAGAUGUCGCACGACAGAAACGUCAUAAUCAAAUACGAGCCAAUGAGAAUAGCGAAAUACCCUUAGCUUCACGGUUUGUUCGUCGAACACAUGCAGCUUCUGAAUCAACAACAAAAGACAAUACAUUCUCAUUUAAUUUUGACAUUCCAUCAGCGGAUCUGGAUAAAAACUAA